UCGGAGGCAUAUUGGCCAGUAAAAAAGACAACAGCAACCAUCCGGAGAUGGAAAUUGAUCCAAAAAUGCUGCAGGGGGCGGGCGGCGGCGGACAGUCUGCUGAGAAGCAGAAGGAGGCGGCUGCGCAGCGGGAGGAGAUGAAGAACAGCAUGCUGUCCAGCCUGCUGGACCAAAAGGCGCGAGCACGGCUGAACACGAUCCUAUUGGCGAAGCCGGAGAAGGGCGCCCAGCUGGAGGCGAUGCUGGUGAACAUGGCGCGCUCCGGUCAGAUCCAGCAGCGGCUGACCGAGCCGGAGCUGGUGGGCCUGUUGGAGCGGGUCAGCGAUUCCGUCCAGGGCCGCGCUACCGGCAAGGUCAAGUUCGACCGAAGGGCGGGCGGCCCUGGACUCGGACUCGGACGAGGACUACUAGCGCCGCCGUGA